AUGGCAGGCGGCGCAAUGAAAUACCGCCAUCUCGGCCGCAAGUCCUCGCAUAGACAGGCUCUUCUUCGAAAUCUUGUUACGUCCCUUUUCACUCAUGAGUCGAUCACCACCACCUGGGCAAAGGCCAAAGAAGCUCAACGGCUAGCAGAAAAGUUGAUAACACUGGGCAAGAAAAACACAGAAGCAAGCAAAAACAGAGCACUGUCCGUGUUUUAUACCCCACACUCCCUGCUACCAAAACUUUUUGGCCCUAUUCGUGAGCGCUACCUGAGUCGACAUGGCGGCUAUACUCGUGUUCUACGGAUUGAACCCCGCAAACCUGAUCAAGCGCCCUCCGCCAUUCUCGAACUCGUAGAUGGGCCCCGGGAUAUGCGCUUUGCCAUGACUGCCAAAACCCUAGCUCGACGCCGAUUAGAAGGCCUAGAGGUCAAUGAGUACACAGCAAGGAACGUUAAGAAAGUCACUCAAUUUAGAAAAGAUGGGGUGGAGCAGCUGGAGAGAGAGGUUAAGAAGGCUGAGGAGCUGUUGAAGAAGACUUUGUAG